AUGUAGCUAACCAGUUUCUCCAGUUGAUCCAGUUUGAUACAUAGUGAUUUUAAACGAAAACCAACAGCCACCGGAGCCAUGUCGCCUCAAGCUGUGGUUAAAGGAUGCAAACUGAUCGCUGUGCUGCUUCUCUGGUUCGGUCCCGCUGCUGGAGACAAAUACACAGGUCAAACUCAUGAAGCAGAGCACCAGCAGCAUGCCACACACAGCACCCAUGAUUUGGAUGAGGUGGUGCUAGUGAUCCAGAGUCAGAAGAACUCCUACCAUGCCCGCCGAGGUGAACAGAGGAAAAGGGAGAUUCUGCAGCAGGCACCUGAACUUGGACAGCGAGUCCCAGUUGUGCUUCUUCUUCAUGAGCUGUCAGGGUAUGAAGGAGAUUGGAGCAUCCUGCCUGUGCUUCCUCUCCUCUCUGCCUCUUACAGCCAAUCAGCAUCCUGGUUUAUCUUCAUCGAGGAGGAAACUAGAGUCACUCUGGCUGUUCUGCUGCAGGUCCUCCACAGAUAUGAUGCCAGUGAGGAAUGGUUUUUGGGUAAGCAUCUCAAUGACAACGAGGCCUCCAUCAUCCACCACUACGCCUUCUCUGAAGACCCCAGCUCCUUUGGUUAUCCGGACCCUGCAGCAGGCUGGGCUCUCAGCAUACCGCUGCUCCAGAAACUCGCUGAGCGGAUCAAGCACGAGCAUCUGAAGUCAGAUUUCACUAUCGACUUGAAACAUGAGAUUGCUUUGUAUAUUUGGCAGGAAGGAAAUGGUCCAAAGCUGACAGCAGUUCCAGAGUUUUGUACAGAGCUGAGAGACGACUGUGCUACCACAUUUACAACCUACAUGCCUAACUGUGGAGAUCCAGUGCCAAAGGAAAACAUAUUUGUUGCUGUGAAAACCUGCCAAAAAUUCCACUCUGAGCGAGUGCCUGUAGUGAAAGCAACCUGGGAGACUGAUGCUGAGUUUCUGGAGUAUUACAGUGAUGUCAGUGAUGCCUCCAUACCUACCAUCAGUCUGGGAGUGCCUAAUACUGAGAGAGGACACUGUGGGAAGACGUUUGCCAUCUUGAAGCGGUUCCUGAGUAAAGCUGUGCCGAAGGCUGACUGGCUACUCAUUGUUGAUGACGAUACACUCAUCAGUUUACCCAGGUUGCAGCGACUGUUGCGUUGCUACGACCCAAAGGAAGCGAUGAGCCUGGGUGAGAGAUAUGGCUACGGUUUGGUUCACAGUGGAUACAGCUACACCACAGGAGGAGGAGGGAUGGUGCUUAGUAGGGUGGCGGUGUCCAGGUUGCUCUCCAGUGGUUGUGGCUGCUACAGCGAUGAUGCCCCUGACGACAUGGUGCUCGGCAGGUGCUUCACUUCUCUGGGAGUUCCCAUCACACACAGCCCACUGUUCCACCAGGCCCGGCCAGAUGACUACUCAGAGACACUGCUCUCCUUGCAGCAGGCCAUCUCUUUCCACAAGCACUGGAACAUAGAUCCUGUGGCUGUCUACAAACACUGGCUGUUGGACACACACCUGCGGGAUGAACUGUAGUAACAGUGUGUGUGUGUGUGAGUGUGUGGGUAUGUAGUAUGCAUAGUUUACAUUCUGUAUUGAAGACGGAAUCCAAAUUUGCACAACAGCGUUGAGCUAAAGAUGAGACAAUUAGCAGCAACCACUACAGUGACUGUAAUAACUAAAAAAUAUUGCUGUCAAAUGUGGCCUGAAACAUUCCUACAAGCCUUAAUAUUUCUUUUUUUAUAAAGGUUAAUAUCAACAUUCAAUCAAAUCACUGCAUGUAAGAUGAAUCAUUACCCAAAUCUGUACUCCUAUAGAGGUUGUACUGCACACAGGCUACUGCACAUUAACUGUAUGGUUGUUAAAAUCAGUUAAAAAAGCACCAGACAGCCUUGACCAGUGGAAAAUACUGUUUCACUGCCUCCACCAAAUGUGUACUUCAGGUAUUCAAGUAUUGUUAUGUUAGCCAUAACAGCUGCCAUCAGUAUGAGGAUGUGUCUAUCAGCUUGAUUUGAUGUUUUGCUUCCCAUUGGGGAAAAAAGAACAAAUUUAACAAAAUGGAAGUAUACAUUUUCAAAAUUGGCAUUGUUAACAUGACAUUCUGUUCAGUCAUACACUGAAGUAUUUAGGCUAAGUAAAAGUCUGUCCUGAUGGUGAUGCUACAUGAAGAGUCAAUAUUUCUAUAAAGAUUUAAGUUUAGCAAUUUAGCAGUUUGCGGGUGCUCUUUUGUUCUUUUGUGUAGUUUUUUUGUUACUGCACCUGCAAAAAUAUAUGGAUGGAUAUAUGGAUUUGUUCAUCCCCUGGGGACCAUGAAUGUCUGUCAUAAUAAUGAUAGCAAUCAUUAUUGGGCCGAGAGGUUAAGUUAAGGGACUCCAAAGUUGGAGGACUUUCUAGCAAAUUAUUAUCUAGCACAACAUUAAUUAUUAAUUAGUAAUGUAUUAAUUAAGUCACGCUGGUUGCUGCUUGUUUUGUGUGUGAAUGUGAAUAUUACUGCUGUCACUUUACCCCCCCCCCCCCCCAAACUAAAUUUGAAUAAAACCAUGAAUCAAAAUGUUUAAUUUAUUCAGAAAGAUUUUGUCAAUUUAUUUGUAAUUAUGUUUAUAUAUUUAUCAUUUGGAUAUUUAAGUGUUACAGAGGGAAAGGCUAAGUCUUUCUGAGGUUGAGAACCUUGUUUGCAAGAGAGACUCAGCAAAGAUGCAACAAUACUAAGAUGACUAAAAUCAUAGGGCUAAAAUACACUAAGAGCAUUUAACAAAGCAGCCAUUUACCACAUUCACCAUCAGGAAUUAGAUGAGGAAAUUGAUAUCAGUCUUGUGGCUGUACAUGAAAUACAAAGCUACAGCCAGGAUGAGCUUGGCUAAAUGUAAAACUAGAAACAGGUAAAAGCAGUUGGCCUCACUCUGUCCAGAGUUUAAAAACCUGCCUACUAGCACCUCUGAAGUCCACUGAUUAACAGGUUAUAUCUGCUAAAUUAAAAGCUGCUGGGUCUUAUUUCAUAUUGAAUGGACAAAUGUGACUGUGGUAACCCUAACCCUAACCUUAACCCUAAC